AUGGAUAGCCGUGGUGAACCAAUUCGUGCAAUCUUCGUGACGAUUCUCAUCUGCUGGUUAGGUAUUCUCAUCGCUGUAAUUGAGAAUAUCACAGCUCUGAUCACUCAGUUCUUCCUAAUGUGCUAUUUGGGUGUGAACACUGCAUGUGCUCUACAAUCAUUGCUCAAAUCGCCUGGAUGGCGGCCAUCGUUCAAAUAUUUUCACUGGACCCUGUCCUCACUCGGGGCAUUCCUGUGCAUUGCUGUAAUGUUCAUCUCAGCUUGGCACUUUGCCCUAAUUGCAAUCUUCAUCGGUGCUGCUGUCUACAAAUACAUAGAAUAUGCUGGUGCCGAGAAAGAAUGGGGAGAUGGACUGCGAGGUUUGGGUCUCAGUGCAGCCAGGUUUGCCUUGCUGAACUUGGACAAUAGACCGCAGCAUAGUAGAAAUUGGAGACCUCAGCUACUUGUAUUACUGGAGAAUACGGAUUCUCCUAAUACACAUGGUAUUCUAUCCUUCGUCAGUCAGUUGAAGGCUGGAAAGGUAAAUUUUGUCAUUAUUGGAAACCUAAUUUUUUUCCUGUUGAAAAACUUCGGUAGCACUAAUCAAGUCGCUAUCAAAACGGCAGCUUAUAUCAUUCAUUCAUCGCUAAGAAACUCAGCUGCAAAUUCACGCCCGAUACCGUACUCUUCCGAGCGAAUCAGCGUCAAAGUACAGUACUGGGCGAGACAUAAGAAUAGCAAUUUCUGGGCCACGCACGCAACAUAUGAUUUCUCUUGGACAUUUUCAACGCUCAAUCGAGGCUUUUGAUU